AGGCUUUCCUCUCAAGGCGACGAAUCAGAUCAUCUUGGAUUUACAGCUAAUAUAAAAGGACAACCUGUAUAUUUUGAUUAGGCUUCCUACUAACGAAUUCAUGUAAGACUUCUACGGGCUGUUUCGGUUCUUUUUGCUACUCACCUAACACCUGUCUCAGCCAGGAGACUGACACCGAGACAACGCUAAUCUUAAAGGCAACUCUAAUCUGCACAAUGGCCCCUGAUUCAGAAAAAGAAAAUUCAAAGACAAGGUCUUGGAAACGAAGUCAAUCUUCUCGGAAACCUAAUCUGGAGUUCAUCAUCGGGAUCAAGGCUUCACUGAAGCCAUGCCCCAGAAAAGUCAACCUUAAAUCAACACGAGUCUGGGGAAGGCAUAAAGUUAAAGCUUAUCGGAACGACGUCCCACAUCCACUUGUAUGGCUGAACUACAAACCUUGGCGACAACUUUCUGCGUGUUACUCCAGAAGUGAGCCGACUCGAGUCGAUGGAAAUUGAAAUAAUCCCAUGUUGACCAAGCAAAAGUUUCCAACAAACCCAAAACAUUGAUGGUCUUACGGCACCAGCUUGAAAGGUCAAGCUGCCUAAAAAUGACAGUUGUGGGGGACAAGAUCACUGUUAUCAACUCACUUGGCAUCCUGGAAACAGAAAAGUGAAUGCCACUUGAUGAGGUCAUCGCCUUUCAUCGCUAAACUGAUUCUCUCUUUCCCAUCAUCCAUCUUCUCUUUCUACCAACAGUCCCUUGCGUAACACCAAGCCGUUCACUACACCUACAACCCUACCAUAUGCAUGCAACAAAGCAGUUCUCUUGUCACAAGUGGUGAAUACUUAACACAUUCUCACUCCACGUUCAUUCCAACACAGAACACAGCAAACCAACCCAAGAACUCACCAACCAACAGCACCCUAUAAUGUCGACUCCUACUAAUACUGCAUUCAGCAACGCACCUCUUCAUCCCGAAUAAAGCUUUGACACUUUGCUUGUGUUACUCCACUCUCUCCGGCUUGCUCAGCUGCACCUCAGCCAUAAAUUCACUUCCAUGCCCUGCACACCUCCGUCUCACACAAUUCGACCCAUACCUUCAGAUAUCUUGGCAUCACCGGUGGUUUUCAUUUCUCGCCAAUGUCUCAACACAAGUGCUUGAGAAUUCACUGGCCCCUACAGGGGGCCAACACUGCUGUGUUUCAAGACUUGGCCGUUCACUACAUCGUGGGAAUGAUGCUUUACCUACUCUUCAGUCUGCUCUACCCUCUUUCACCUCUAGAGAAACAUCAACGCUCUACUCUAGCCCUUCGAAAACCAAGACAGACUUCGCUCGGACUUGGGAUCCAAAUAGACAAGAUGCGGUCUCCGACGAGCUCCUACGGCUCUCCUCGAACACCCUCUACCCCUUCAUUCCACUCGAAGUCCUUAUUCUCCCCAGGUUCCAGUCCUUUGUCGACUCCACCAAGCAGUCCGAUUAUAUCCAUUCAAACGCCGCCUAGCUCGCCGUUACAGCCGGAAGAUUACGACCUCAAAGACCGGAUAUCCGAUGACGAACUUCCAUCGAUUCCUCUCUUCCAUAGCGCGGAGCAUGUAUUCCAAGAGAUCGAAUACAGACGACACAGUUUCUUUGCGGCAAUCAAAGAGCUAGUGACUCCAUUGCUCGGGGAAGACAACAAUAUAAAACAUUUUGCGAAUCUUGUCCGCGGCAAGAACGCAAACCUAGUACCGGUCGGACCAGUUAGACAUCCUGCUGGUGUCCAAGCAAUACUCAAGCCUCACCAACGUCACGGACUCGAUUUCCUCGUCUACCUCCGACAAAACGGCAUCGGCGGUAUCCUCGCGGAUGACAUGGGACUCGGAAAGACCAUCCAGACACUUGCACUGUUUCAGCAUGUGAAAGAACAAGCCGAUUUGAUGAGCCCUGAGCCAGCUCCCUUUCUGGUGGUUUGCCCUUUGAGCGUCAUGAAGACCUGGCUGACCGAGAUUCGGAAAUGGACUCCUGGACUGACGGUGAUCAAGUUCCAUGGCACGGCUGAAGAAAGAGAGAAGAUCAAGACUCUCGUCAGGCGGGAGAGAAACUCUAUAAAGGGCAUUUCUGCUGCGGCUGACAUUGUGAUCACGUCUUACGAGACCCUCAUUUCCGAUAUUGUUUGGUUCCAGCGUGCCUUUUACUGGAAGUACGUUGUGCUUGACGAGGGUCACAGGAUCAAGAAUGGACAUUCCAAACGGGCUCAGAUGUUAGCUCGAGUGCGGGCGGAAUUCAAAACUCCUAUCCAGAACAACCUUAGGGAACUGUGGUCGAUUUUCAACUGGUUGUAUCCCGACGUGUUUGUCCCAUCAACUGAAGAUAUCUUUAACGAUGCAUUCUCAUUGAAUGAGGGCAGGUUUGAUCGCUCAUUUCUCGAAGAUAUCAAACGGUUCCUGAACUUGGUAAUGAUUCGACGAAACAAAGAUUCGCCGGCCCUGAACCUCAAUAUACCUCCCAAAUCAGAGACCAUUAUCUCAGUCCCACUGUCGACCUUACAGCAUUCUUGGUAUCUCAGAAUCUUGACCGGUGCGGGGGCUCUCCUUGACGGGGAAGAGAAAUCUUCGUUUAUGAACAGUAUCCACAAACUCAGGCAGGCGGAGGGCCUAGAUGAAUGCGAAGAAGACACUGGCAAUGGCGUCUCAGUCCCACCAACCUCUCAGCUUGGACACAAAACAGAGAAACAAAAGAUCCGCAUUCUCGAUAACAUCCUGAUGGAACUGCGAAAGUGCUCGAUUCACCCUUACCUCUUGGACGACGCGAUACCGGAAGAUUACGCACUUGGCAGCCAUAUAGUAGAAAAUUCCGGAAAGUUCGUCGUCCUGCGAAAGUUUCUACAACAAUUCGUGAUCACAGAACGUAAGAAAGUGGUCAUCUUCUCGGGCUUCGAGCAAGCCUUGAACCUCUGUGAAGAUGUCCUGUCUAUGAUCGUGGCCGAUGGCCAAAAUGUGAAGCACGUUCGGCUGGACGGAAGAACACCCAGUGCCAUGCGGAACCUGUCCAUGUACCUUUUCCAGAAUGAUGCCCGGUACAUGGUAUUCUUUGUUUCCAUCCGAGCCGGCGGCGAGGGUCUGAAUCUGAUCAGCUCGUCCACUGUAUUGUUCCUCGACGAAGACUGGAACCCACAGGUAAUGAAGCAGGCCGAAUCACGCGUCCACCGCAUUGGUCAGACUCAGCCAGUUCAGAUCUUUCGUAUUCAAGCAAAGGGCACAGUCGAGGAGCAGAUGACGCGACGUUUGGUCAAGAAGGCGUAUCUAGCAGAAACAAUCACAGGGAACACGGAUGUCGAGCCGUAUACCCCAGUCAAGGCGAUCGGAUUUGGUGACGGCUUUCAGCACCAGCAUCGCUCAACGGCCUUGCGCGACACUUUGUCUGGUCUGUUUGGCGACAUGAUUUCCAGCACUGUGAAACCUUCAUUCUUGAAAGACCUGAACACAUAUGGCUGGAAAGACCUUGUCGAGUUAUGCGCGGUUACUGAGAACGAGCAUCCCCAGUCCUCUAUUCCUCAGACCUCUAUUACAAUCGAUGAAGAAAGGGCAUGGAUGGAACGAUCCGCCCGCGUCAGAACCAACAUCUUUAACGGUGAGGCUGUCGACACCAGCGGCAGGUCAUUUUCGGUGUACAAAGAGACUAUCCCUCUGGACCUCUGCCGCGCUGACAGGAGGAUCGGAAAAGAACGCACGGUCAUGAUUGAUGGGUUCGCUGUCGCAAAGGACAGCAUAAUCGACAGUGCCCCCUUGUCUCCGGGUGGUAAGAGCCCAAGCACUGAGAAGGAGGAAGAGCGCAGCUCAGCUGCCAAAAUGUCUCACGAACUCGUAAGUCGAAUAAUUUCGUCAUGUUAG